AAUUCAGCUUUGUUGUUGUGUGAUUUGAAGUAAAUUCUGGGUCGGUCAUUCGCAAAUUUACAUUUACAUCUAAUUUCUAUUGCCCCCACUCUCUUUCAAACGAAGAAUACCUGACAACUGACGUACAAGUUCAGGAAUUUCUAAAUGUUACACAGCAAUUGUGGUUUAAAGAAUUUGACAAGCAUCACAGAGCAGUAUACAUUGGUAACAGCUUGGAAUAGGAUUAUCAUGUUGGAGAAAAAUAUUGGAAUGUUAACUGCACUUUACUGAAAAGUUACUUUUAAGUAUUCAAUGUGACAGCGGUAAAGUGUAUUGUAACAGGCCAUUAUUUGGCAGACUACAAACAAGAAGGUUUUUGUAUGUUGUACAUCGAAAUUCUUACAUGUAGAGACACCGCCGCGGUGGUGGUCUAGAGGUUAGAACGUUCGCCCCGCAUGCGGAAGGUCAGGGUUCGAAUCCUGGCCGUGACAGACUUAAGUCUUUAAAACAGGUAGUGACAGUUCCAUCGCCAAACGCUCCCAUCAGGUGUGAAUGUCACGGGUCAUCGGAGUAGGUGUGGCACGCUAAAGAACCGUCACUGCUCAAUGGCCACAAGUGCCGAGUAUAGGUCUUGGUGACGUCUCCAUAUGAGUGAAAAAUUCUCGAGAGAAACAUUUAACAAGAUACAAUCACUCUUUCAUGUAGAGACGGUACCAGCUAUGAGGGCACUGCCACAAAUGUUGACCUGCAUGUGGCACUUACGUCCAUAGUAGUGACGGUUGUUUUAACGUGUCAACGCCUACCGUGACACGUGACUUCCGUUUUUAAGGACCCUUUCAUUUUAAAUGUCGAGUGCUUAGCGAAGGAACACUCUAUGAUGCAUGUAAAGGUCUUGGAUUUGACGCGAGAAUCGAACCCGGGUUUCCUGGGUUAGAAGUACUGCGACGAUUUGUUUGUUUUACAGUGUAAGUUUAUGGCGGAUCUAAAGAAACAUUUCUAACAAUCAAAAAUGCAAAUUGGUGUAUCGUACAUGUACGACCCAGGAGCCUGAAGCUUAGCAAGACUUAUCUAGUUCUUUCUCCAAAUGACCACAAUGAUCCAAAAUUGUAAACAAUCAAGACUGAUACAUCCGUGCCAUUAAAUUGGGCCACCGCAAGUAGGUGUAUAGAAGCCAUACUACGUCUGAUUAAGAGAGAUUCCAUGUUGACUUAGCCUUCAAAGUUCAGUGGGUGUCCUCCAGACAAUGAUAUGGAUGUCUUCAAAACGUAAACACGAGAUAUGCAACCUCCUCAAAGUUAGCUUUUUCGGUAGAGAUUUUGUUUAGUAAGCAGGGUGGGUCAUGGUCUGAGCUCCGCUCAGGAUAGAAUUUAUAAAGCGACUGUGUCGCCGCCGGAGUAGAAGUGAAAGUCAGGGGGCCGAUGUUCUAUAUAGUGGUAUACAUGUAGAUGCUUGCAUGGUAUAGAACCAUAACUGCAAUGACCCGAUUUCGUAGCAUAUGUUUGAAAAGAUGGCUUUUCACCACAAAUUUGUGAUGUCUCAGCAUUCUUGCUGGGACAUCGGAUAAUAACCAAUCAGUCAGUCAUGACGACUUUUGAAAAUCAUAUGCUGUGAGAUAUGGGAGUUCCCAUUUCAUUUUCAUGAGUGCAUUCAAAUUUCUGUACGUCCACCCAAUCCAUUCAUUGAAAAGAUUGCCAUUGUAUAUUUGCUGCAUUGGCUGUUUCUGGAAAGGUUAGUGUCCAGACAAUAUUACAUUCAUUGAUUUUCUGAUGUACGGAUAAUGUACAUGAAUAACUGGAAUGUAGACAUAAAUAAUUUGACGAAAUGCCAAUUAAAUGUUACCAAUGUUACAUGUUCGUCCUGUGAAGUUAGCGCCCUAAUCUCAUUUCUCUUGCAAUUCAACAGGUGUUACAUUAGAUAGCUUGCUAGAUUUAUUUAUUAUUAAGACGUUUCGAUGUCAUCUUGAUUUUUUUAAAAUAAUGAACCUCCUUGACAGCUAAGCAGAAAUAAAGAAAAUAUCAGAUUAAUUUUUUUUUAAAAUUGAUAUUUAUUUAAAUGAAGUGAUUUCAAGAGAAACGCGAAAAAUUGAUUAUGUAUAAGCAUGAACAGAUGUUUUUCCGAAUGAUUGUUUCGAACUGGUGUGAUGCUUUCUGAGGUUCAAAUCCCCAGAUCAUUAAGAGUUCUGGUGAUCCUGCUUAAUUGGUCACAUUUUAAUCAUAAAUCGACCAACAUGGCCACGAGAUGGGGGGAAGGGGUCUAGGAAUUAACGCACCACAUGUUAAAACACCAUGUAGGAAAACACGAUUGAUUAAAUAUUUAUACUGAACGGGACCCCCAUAAAAGAAAACCCAGAAAAUAAUAAGACUUUAAUUAUGGUAGAUGAUCGUUUUGUAGCCCCCUACUGGACUCGACCGCCGACCAUUCACUGCUGAUGCAUUAUUACUGAUGAGAUCGCGUGGACUUUCGUGAGGAUUUGGCGGUACAUAGUGAAGUGUAUCAGUACAUAGCUGCCUUGCAUGCGAUAUCUUCACACAAACGUAUAUCGCAUUUUGUCUUGAAGACGUGGCACAUAACAUCCGUAGCUGCUGUGUUAGGUUUAAGUGAUCAGUUCUCUGUAAGAAAAUUUGGUGUAUCUCAAUUGACUUCCCGCCUUUUUUGUCUUGGAUUGUCUUCCGUGUGACGUGAACGUUGUAUAAUUUAAAAGUUAUUGGCUGAAUUCGAUUUGCCACGAAAAUGAAGAAGUCUGCAAACAGUGCGUCCCAUGCUAUUGAUUAAGAAAAAAGCAUAAAAAAAGAAUUGUAUCUAGUCAUAUUUUUUGAUUAUCUGCCUGUGCCGUGUUGGGAAUUACUGUGACUGGUGGAAAGAGGUGGGCAGUUUGAGGGUUUUUUUUGGAACCACCUGUUGCUGCUAGUGUUAUGGAAAUCUGAUAGCUUGACAAUUUUUGAUUUUUUGGUGUUCUUAUGUGUGGAGAUACAAGUACCAGCAAAAGUGGACGCAUGUUUCGUAUGAUCAUAUACCGCCUGUUUCCUCCGCUCAGGAAACACCUACUUUUCAACAAAGAGAAAAAUCAUGACUUGGAAGACCUUGAAAUGCAAGUGGUUCGUUACAAACCUGAAGGGCUGGAUGUACUGUGCCGGAAGUCAAAGUUCACACGGAAGGAGCUACAGAUCAUGUAUCGAGGGUUCAAACAGGUAGAAUGUCCAACAGGCAUUGUCAAUGAAGAGACAUUCAAGGAGAUAUACGCACAGUUCUUCCCACAGGGCGAUUCCAGCGCGUAUGCUCAUUAUGUGUUCAACACUUUUGACCAUGACCGGAACGGGUCGCUGAGUUUUGAGGAGUUUGUGAUGGGCUUAUCAGUAUUAUCCAGGGGGACGCUCCAGGAGCGAUUGCAAUGGGCUUUCAAUUUGUACGAUAUCAAUGGGGACGGCUUCAUCACCAAAGAUGAAAUGACAGACAUCGUGUCGGCCAUUUAUGAAAUGAUGGGGCGCUUCUCAGAACCCAUGAUUGACGAGAACACCACCAAAGAGCACGUGGAGAGAGUCUUUCUUAAAAUGGAUAUCAAUCGAGAUGGCGUGAUUACUUUUGACGAGUUCAUGGAGACAUGCCGAAGGGAUGAAAAUAUUACCAAGGGGAUGGCUAUUUUCGAUACAGUCCUUUAACGAAUCCGUGAAGCGGUCGAACCAAACCUUUUGGGUUGUUUUCUUGCCAAAGUGUUUGAAACGAUAGAAUGUUGAUAUCGUCGAUGUGAGUAAUAUUGGAAUACUACAUUGUGGUGGAAACAUUGCCAAAAUAAGCUCACAUACCCUAUCCAAGUCCACAAGACCAAUCAAUGUUUGUCCCAAGUGUGCACUUCCGGUCCGGUUAUAGCGGAACCGGUUGGAAUAUGGAAGAUAUACUGUAAAUCUACAUGCCUUUGUUUACCAAGAUCUCAUUGACCUACCGUUGUCUGCGAGAUUAUCGUUUAGAUCUCGUUUUAACUAUGGUCAUAUGCGAGAUUGAAAGACAUACGUUAGUAAAAUCAAAAAAUCUGGUUUAUAAUAGAUUGGUAAAUGAUGUCAAUUUUGUAGUUUAUCAAAUAGAGCUGCCCCGCGCAAGAUCUUCGAUUUUACAAAACCAUGUAUAUACAUGACCAAAAUACAGGGAAGGCAUUAGGAAAACGUGUAAUGCAGGUUUCAAAAAUCAAAAUAUAUAUCGUGAUGCUGUCUUUGCAUGGGGCAGAACAAAUACCUGUGUUAUGCAUGUAGCUUUAUCUUAGUAAUGUUAAAUGUAAUUUCAUUACAUGACGUUUUUAUUAUUAAACGUCAUAUACAUUAUUUCAUGACGUGUUAAAUUUUUUUUUAUAGAUAAGGUACUUCGGAUGUUCUAUGACGCUAAUUUUUUUUUUGUACAUGUAUGUGUUUUUGUCUCAAUGCUAGUUGUUUUAUAUUUGUAUGUUCAAAUGUGUGACAAAUGUGCACUUAAAAACUCCAGACUAAGUUUUGUUUAACUUAACAGGCGAGCCACUGUAAAUAAAAAUAUGUUAACGUGACAAGUUUGAUACAAAUCUCUUGAUUUAUUCUGUAAAACCAAUAAUAUCAUGGGAUACUUGUAGACAUAUCCCUAUUUUCUCUGCAGUGCUCCAAUUUGUACAUUUAAAAUUCUAAUGGGUGACGAAAAAUCAUGUUUACCUUCCAAUGCAAGAUCAAAUAAGAGAUCUAAUAAAGCUGAAAUAUUGCUAACAGUUGUUAAUAUAAAUGAUAAUUUAAUCAAUGGUUAAUGUCACUUUGUCUCUAUUAAGGUAUUGCGAUGCCUCAAAUAGAACCUACAGCAAGCGCAAAACUUGCACAGAAAUGCCCAACUUAAUAUAUAUAUAAUGUUGUAUGUGCGUAACUGAUAACGCGGUUGCUAACUUACAAAGGUUGUAAUCGUGUUUUCAGAACUGUGAUUAUCGAUGGACAUUCCUUCCCUUUAGUUACAAUGACAUUAAAUCGUUGAAAUGACCUGUAACCUUUUUCAAGUCGACGUUCAACAGAAUACAGUAUUUAUACUUUUAACCCCCACCCCGUGUCAGGAAGUCCCAUGUUUCCAUUUUACUUCAUCGUUUCAAUGUACUUUUUUAAUUCUUGGAAAUUGUUGCCAAUAAAAAAGAUACAAAACGCUA